AUGUCGACAACGAGCCAGCGCAAUGUCCCCUCCGCAUUGACCCAGCCCUCUCACGGAACAAGGCAUUGGUCGCUUGCUUCCCCUUCCACCACAACCUCUGCUGGUAUUGCCAACAUUGUUGUCACUUCUCAAGACAAGACAGACAGGACGGACAGGACAGACAGGACAGACAAGGCUGACCCUAUCAACCGCAUGGACGAACAUGGCACCACGGCCCUUCACCGUGCCGUCACGGCCAACGAGAUCGACGCUGUCAGACGCUUGCUCGAGCACCCAAGACUCAACAUCAACGAAAAGGACCUCGAAUCAGGGUGGACCGCCUUGCAUCGGGCGCUUUAUCUUGGUCAUUUGAGAAUCGCCCUCCUUCUGCUUCAGCACAAGGGUCUGAUCAUUUCGAUUGAGGACAAGGACGGAAACACUGCUUUGGAUGUGAGCCUUGCUACAUUGCCUAUAUCACUGGAACCAGGACCUUGCCCCGGUGACUCCCUUUAUACCUGGGGCUCCAAUGCAAACUUCACGCUUGGGCACAACGAUGGCGAUGACAGAAAGCUGCCCGAGCUCGUCAAGUUUCCUCACAAGUCCAACACAAUCACGUUCCCAAAAGCAAAAGCAGCAAGGUCAACCCUCUAUCAACUGUCCAUGGGCAAGUUCCACACUGCCAUUGCCACUUCAGAGCCAGGAUUCACAGCCAAACUAUGGGGAUUCGGUACCAACGGGCGACUCGGAUCGGACCGGAAAAUGCAGCUCUGUCCAACACCAGUCCUGGGCGUACCAGGGAACGUUACGUUCACUGCCUUAGGAAGGGACCACACUGUACUUCUGACGUCCAAAGGGGAUGUCUUCACUAUCGGCAACAAUAAGUACGGUCAGCUUGGAUAUGCACUAGAGGCCCCAAAGGACGGUCAGGACCCGAUCCAACGUACCCCUAAGCGAGUCUUUCUCAACAUAUCCAAAGGUCGCGUCAUUGGGGCCGCAGCAUCCAAGUGGCACACCGCCAUUCACACAGAGACAGAGCUAUUUACCUUCGGCUUCAACUACGGGCAACUCGGCUAUGAACGCAAGGGCGAUAUCCAGAUGGGACCCCGGAAAGUUGCUUCGAUCCCGUCGGGACCGAUAUUGCAGGUUGUCGCUUCGGAUUCCGCCACAGCGUGCCUCAUGUCAUCCAAUGAAGUCAUUGUCCUCUUCAGGUACGCGUACCACCGGGUCUCCUUCUCUCUGUCGCCUUUCCCGGACUCGUUCUCUACUUUGAACUCCCCUGCUGUUGCGAGCUCGAAUCGUCCAAAAAAGAUCACCUGCACGGAUAACAAGUUCGGUAUGCUUACAGGACUAGGGGAUGUUCACGUUUGGGCGUAUCCAGAGGCGGAGUCGAGCAUCACACUUGGAUCCCUACCUGCCAACCACUCUAUCCCAUUUUCCUCUGUCCUCACCCACGACAGGCCAAGACGUAUUUGGACCUCUGUUGAGGACAGAACCCAUAUCGUGGACCUUGCUCUGGGUCAAAAUGGCUCAGCGAUUGUCUUGACGAAAGGAGGUCACGUUUACAUCGGCACCAAUAAAGGGACACUGGUCGGUCGAAACGUCAAGUGGCAACGGGUUCCGCAUCUAGACCGGGUUGUUCAGGUAUUCGGCAACUCGAGUGGAGCAUGGGCCGCGCUGAGGUCUGGUCCGAUCCUCACGCCGAUCGUAGUUAGUUCCAGCCGUCUCAGCACGGACUUGGAGCAGUCGUUGUCCCAGUUUCAUCUAUACCGCAACAAUGAAAAGAUUUAUGGAGACUUCGGGGAUACCAUCGCACACGGCAACAACAUCGAUGGCGACUAUGAGGAUGACGACGAGCAAGACGACAGCAAACCCGAGGUAGACCCAUGGAGGAUCGAUAUGCAGGGCUGGCAAGAUAUUGAAAAGAGUUGGGACUAUGAUGUUUUCCCACUAUUGAAACAAACCGGCAACGUCAUAUCCAGCGGCGGGAAUUCUGUCUCUGGGAGCCAUUUGUUUGAUGUCGAGAUUCAGGCCGGGAAGCGAACCCUUGGAGCUCAUCGAAUCGUACUUGCAGCAAGAAGCCCUGUUCUCCGGCGGGCCUUUGUCAGCUCACCGUCAUCCAGGACGGUUGCCGGAUCUCUUGUUACCAUCGAGUUUUUACGACUGCAACCCACGGCAAGAAGCCGGCUAGUUGUCUCACUCAAGGUCGAGUUUGCUACAGCAGUGCUGCUUCUGCAGUUUCUUUACAGCGAUCGCUUCGAUCCAUUCUGGGACUCUCUCGGCUUACCGACAGUCAACAAGGAAUACGGCCUUAAAGUACGACAGGAACUCUAUCAUCUUGCUCUGGAACUGGCAUUGCCGACGCUGCAGGCAGCCCUUCAGUACACAUUCACUCAUGCCUGUAGCGCCAGUCUGUCCAAGGAUAUGUGUGAAGUGUUGGUGAAUCCGACCCUUUUUGAGGGGUUAGUUGACGUGCGAUUGUUGCUCAAGGACGGCGCUGUCAUGAAUGCACACCAGAUGAUACUCGGUCACCGAUCGCCAUUUUUCAACGCUAUGUUUGUCAGGACGGAUGAGUGGAUUCGUACCAGACAGGGACAAGGGAAGCGACAGGUGUCGGAGGGGGAUGUAGGAGAAGGCGGAGAGUCGAUCCUUGAAGUCGGUAUGCAGCACAUGAACGCAGAGGCGAUGGCGCUCGUUCUCCGGUAUGUCUAUACCGAUUGCGGACCAGAAAUGUUUGAUCAGUCUGAGAAGGAUGAUAUGGAUGAGCUUAUAGACCUUGUUGUCGAUGUCCUAAAGAUUGCCGACGAGUACCUCAUGGAUCGACUCAAGGAGAUUUGUGAAAAUGUCCUGGGAGAUCAAGUUCGAGCCAAGACAGCCGUCAGCUUCCUGGAGAUUUCGCUCAUGCACACCGCUGAAUCGCUGACAACAACCUGCGUCGACUUUUUGUGCAAUAACAUCGAAAUGGCCUUGGAUCAAGGGUGGCUAGAAGGAGUGGAUGAUCAUGCCGUCCGUCUUGUGGAGGAGACGCUCAAGAAGAAACAGGAGUCAUUCAUGCCUUUUACGCGAUCCGGUGGUUACCUCCCUGACCCAGCAGCUGUGCGCGAAUUGCAGGAUAAGAUCCAAGAGGAAGGAUACCGUUAUUUUCGACCUUUGCGGGCCGUCCGGUCUGACUUGCCAAAGACCCACCGACUUGGCAAUCACCACCUGCGGGAGAGAGAGAACACAGCUGCCCUUCGGUCAUCAGCCUCGCAACCGAUACCAGUGCCUCCUACAAAGACACUUCCAACGUCACCUGUCAUUCCGACAAAGACGUUGACAACUCCGUCAGACGUGCGAUCCAGCCUCGACUUUGGUGAUGGAACGGGUCGCCAGCCAUUGGCCCUGUCAACGGAGAUCCUGAAUCAGGAUUCGCCUGGUUCUUUUGGACUUAAGGACAGACCGUUGCCUCUGGAGACUCCUUCUGAAGGAGCAAGGGACAUGCUUCUGUCUGCACGGAAAGCAAGUUGGGGUCAAGUGCUCGCGAACCCCGACACAGCCCUGCCUUCGGAUGACCAGAAUCGGGCAACGGCAACAAUUGGUUUCUCCAAACCAACAUUGAGAGACAUUUUGGAACAAGAACUGGUGCAGAAGCAUGGACAGGCCAACAUCUCCAAGUCUACGAUACCUGCAGCUACAGGAACUCCCUCCCAAAGGACCAGCAAGUUGUCGCAGAAGGAGCGCAGGAAACAGCUGCAGCAACAGUCAUCCUCAUCCAUGCUAGAUCAGGACAAUGCUCCUGUUUCUUCUCCAGUCCCCCAAGCCUGGGCAAAGGUUAGUCGUACGACUGCUCUCGAUUUGAGCUCUGCAGGCUCCGACAGUAGCGACUUGGCAAAUGGAAGCAUCACUGCCUCGAAGACAAGCACUGCUUUGCCAGGGCUAUCCGUGCUGGAUCGUCAACAAAGCGAGCUUGCUCUCUUCAGAUCGCAGCCAAAAGAAGUCCCUCGUGUCGCCAUAGCGACGUCCAAGCCAGUCAAAGAGACAAUGAGGGUAACUGGAACUGGAGGAGAACGUUCGUUUACGGAGGCUCCUUGGCGACUUGAUGCUAUCCCUGAGCCCUUGCGAGCAGUGACACGCCAUCAGAGUCAGAUGUACCCGAGCUUGGAGGCGAGCAGCGCAAGUCAGGGCAGCAGUAAGAGUCAGUUGAUGCAGACGACGAAAGGAACGACAUUGAUGUCCCCCUUGGCAAGCGAGGCGUCGCCUCUCUCUGGAGCUGGAUCGCCAGGAAAUAGCGGGCUGCUGCCGUCGCCCUCGAUGAGUCUUUCGACGUUUGCGAUUAUCCAGAACCAACAGCUUCGGGAUCGGAACUUGCUGUUGAGGGCGAGACAUCAGAAGAAGAGUCUGUACCAGAUCCAGAUUGAGGAGCAGACGCUGAACCAGCUGCGUCUGCAGAGCCUUGAGCGGAUGCAGGCCAGGGCGGUCGAGGGGUGUGGAGAGUGGUUUACUAUUGGGCAUUAG